GGAAGAGUCUGAGCGGUGCCAAGCGGAGGAUGGAAUCCCAGAACUCGCGUUUGGACGGUGGCGGGACGGGGUGAGGAGGGGCCGCCGAGCGGUGAGCGCGGGCAAAAUUGAGAGACAGUAAAAGCAUGCGAGGCAACAGGGACCUCGAGAACAUUGCCCUUGUGGCUACAGAUACAGAUAUCUGGAGAGAGAUUUUUCACCACAGCAAGCUUUUCAGGAAGAAUGUCUUUUAACAAAUUCAUUGGAUGAAUGUUGAAAUUUCCUCAAAUCAGUAGUCAUUUCACCACUACUUCAAACUUUGCUUAUGGUUACAAAACAUACCAGAGUUCUGUCCAUUUAAUGAAAAGAUGGCAUUCCAGUUUAAUUUUACUAUAGACAGCCUCAUAGAAAAUGAAUUACCAGCUCUUGGAGAUGAGGCCUUAGGCCUGGAAUCUUCAGGAAAGACAUCAGUCUUAGAGAGUCAAAAAGGAAAAAUGAAAGAGGGAAAAUGGUCCUCAAAAGAAUGUGACUUAUCUAAGGAGCCUUUGUGGGGAUGCGAAUUGUCAGCAGAAGUUAAAGCUUCUCAAGUCUAUGACAACUCACUGGUUAAAUCAGAUGAAAUCGUAAAGGAUCCAAAAGAAAAGCAGCCUGGUUUGAAAGUGGCCAAAGAACACGAUAUCCCUGAAGAUUCAAAGAAAGUGGUAGAAAAUAAAGUGGUAGAAGUUUUACCAGAUCUCCAACAUGUAAACUUGUCAGGAGUGAGAAUGGCCUCUUUGAAGAACAGCUCUUGUGGAGAAGACAUAGUAUCCCAAAGCCUUUCUUCUCACUCUGAUCUCAUCACAGGUGUCUAUGAAGGAGGUCUGAAAAUCUGGGAAUGUACCUUUGACCUUCUAGCUUAUCUAGCUGACGAAGAAGUGCAGUUUGCUGGGAAAAGAGUGUUGGACCUUGGCUGUGGAGCAGGGCUUCUGGGUGUAAUUGCCCUCAAGGGAAAAGCUAAAGAAAUCCACUUUCAAGAUUAUAAUAGCACUGUAAUUGAUGAAAUAACCAUUCCAAACGUCAUGGUGAACUCCGCUUGCGAAUGUGAAGAUGUUGACGUAAGCGAGCCCGGUUUGAAAAGGCGGAGGAACUCAAACCCGGCACAAGAACUUUUAAGCAAAUGUCGAUUCUUCUCUGGGGAAUGGUAUGAGUUUUCCAAACUUGUCCUAAGCAGCAAAAAAACCUUUGCAAAAUAUGACAUCAUUCUUACCUCUGAGACCAUUUACAAUCCAAGCUACUACAGCGCUUUCCAUCAGACUUUAGCUAGUUUGUUGGAUGAAAAUGGACAAGUGUUUUUAGCCAGUAAAGCACAUUACUUUGGUGUUGGAGGUGGUGUUCAUCUCUUUCAGAAGUUUAUAGAGGAAAGGAAUGUAUUUGAAACGAGGAUACUCAAAAUAAUUGAUGAAGGACUAAGUAGGAUCUUAAUUAAAAUAACCUUUAAGCAUGCCCAUUAAAGUCCAAAUGCAGUACCUUUUUUUCAAAAUGUAUUAAACUAUUGACUAAAAGAUUUUUGCUCCAAGAAUCAA